AUGUUAGCCAGGAAUUGUAUGAGAUGGAAAUUUCCGUCAAGACAAUUUGCAAGAUGUCAAAGCAAUGGCGCCCACUCCGCUCCCAUCAAGCGUGCUAAUUUAGGUCCAAACCUGACCACUUCUACACGUUCUACACAUUCUUCACCACCUCCACCUACGCCUAAAUCAAAUCAAUUUUUGGCAGUAUUUGCUGCUAGUGGAUUGGCUUUAACAAUUGGGUAUUUCGUAGGUAAGUCCUUUCAAUCUACAAAUUCCAAUAGGGAAGCUAUCGUAAAAGACCACCUUUCAAACAAUAUUUCCUCACUGGAUAGAUCGACUGCUCCACUUGCAACGCUAGACUCGCCUGUAUAUGCCAACGAAGAACAAUUCAAAGAAGGUUUAUCCAAAAUACUCGAUAUUGUUGGCAAGGAUAAUGCUCAAUUUGACGAAAAUGUUCUCAAAUCAUUCAACGAUUCCUUCUUCUCCACUCAUCAUCCUCCAAACCCACAAAAGCAACGCCCCGACGUCUCAAUCACUCCAACAUCCACGGAACAAGUGUCACAAAUUUUGAAAAUUGCACACGAGUACCGAAUUCCAGUCGUUGCAAACUCGGGCCUCACUUCAUUGGAAGGACAAAAUAUCCAUACACGUGGCCCUUAUAGUAUAUCACUUUCUUUUGCCAAAAUGGACCAGAUCUUGGCAUUCCAUCCAGACGAUUUGGAUGUAGUUGUGCAGCCAGGAGUUGGCUGGCAGGAGUUGGAUGAUUUCUUGAAAGAUGAUCCUAAAGGUCAGAACUUGUUGUUUGGCCCUGACCCUGGUAUUGGUGCCAACAUUGGUGGAAUGGUUGGAACUAGUGCCAGUGGAACGAAUGCAUUUAAAUAUGGAACAAUGAAGGAGAAUGUCGUGAACCUUACUGUGGUCUUGGCAGAUGGUACAGUGAUCAAGACUAGGCAGAGACCAAGAAAAUCAGCUGCAGGUUACGAUUUGACUAGAUUAUUUAUUGGUACAGAGGGAACAGCAGGUGUUGUUACCGAGAUUACCUUGAAAUUGCAUGUACGCCCCAAACUUGAGUUUAUUACCGUUGUCGCAUUCCCAACCAUCAGGGAUGCAGCUACUGCGGCACAAACGAUAAUUUCCAAAGGCAUUCAACCAAAUGCCAUGGAGAUUCUCAAUGACACAAUGAUGUCCUUUGUUAAUGAGACAUCCGAGGAUGAAAAAAGAUUGGAAACAGCAACAUUAUUUUUCAAAUUGGGUGGGCCAACAAAGCAGGCCAUUGAAGAGCAGCUGAAGGUUGUUGAUGAGAUUGCCACGCAGAAUCAUGCCAUAAAAAUUGAAAAGAGUACAAAUGAUGAGCAAAAUGCCGAGUUAUGGGCCGCGAGGAGAAAUGGGCUUUGGUCAACAUACCAAUAUGGCUCCAAAGUGUUGAAAGAUCCUAAUGAUGUACAGAUAUGGACCACUGAUGUUGCAGUGCCAGUUUCAAAGUUGUCCGAUGUAAUUGACGAGAUAAACCAAGACUUGAUUGAGGAUGGCUUUGAAGGAAAGUUUUCAGUUAUUGGCCACAUUGGAGAUGGUAAUUGUCAUUUCUUGAUUUUAUACAACUCGCCAGAUUAUGCCAAGACACAUGCUGCAGUGAACAAGAUGGUUAAGCGGGCUUUGCAGUAUGAAGGCACAUGUACUGGAGAACAUGGUGUUGGUGUUGGUAAGAGAGCAUACGUUGUAGAAGAAUUGGGUGAGCCUACGAUUGAUGCCAUGAGACAAAUUAAGUUGGCACUAGAUCCAAGAAGGAUAUUGAACCCAGAUAAAGUGUUCAAGAUUGACCCCAAAGAUGAUUUGGAUGAGCAAUUGAAUGCUGGCCAUAUAAUCGAAAAGCAAGAAUGUAGACACAAUCACUAA